ACAAUAAUCGAAAAUCUUCAUAACAAAUUUUACUUCUCAUCUUUAGUGAAUUGUCAAACCAAUCAUCCCUAAAUAUACCUACCAACUAGAGAUUUUUCGAAAAUAAGCACACUUAAACGUCAAAAUGAAAAAAAAAAACUAUGUCUAGAAGUAAGAUGAGUCUAGCUAUAGGUAUAUCUAUGCACUAACGUAAAGUAUUUUUUCAUAAAUUACAAAAUAAAAUGUUCUUAUUAUAAUGAGCUUCAAUGUUCAUUAAGAUGUUUAUACUUUUAAGCUGGAUUUUUGCGCAAUUUUAGGAUUCGAUAAAACAUUAAAAUCAAUAAUUUAGCGUCAGAGAGGUGCGGUGCGGUGUCCUCUCCCCGCGGGCCUCAUUCCGCCACGCCCAGCGCGCGCAUUCUCCAACAACAAAAUCUACACGAAAUGGUCGCUCAAAGAAACGAGUCGGGCGGGCGACGCUCGCGCCCCGCUCGCCUCGGCGCAGUCACGCACAGCAGCUCCCCACUAGACAGUCGUGCUUGUGUAGCGAUCUCAAUAGCCUGUGAACUGUACGCACGGCGUACACGUGCCUUCGCGCGCUCGCGUCCCGGAUCCCAUCCCUUCUCCACGCGCGGCCGCUCUUAGAUAAGACAUCUAACCCGACCCACCCCAGCCUGUGUGCCGGUACUUCUGUCGUACUCGCUGUCGCCGCACAUUCUGUUAUGUAACACGAAAACAAACACCGCGCCUGUUGUAGCGAGCACGUGUGCGCACCGACUAUCGUACGCCCGUUCGCACUAACAUCCACGCCGUCGUUAACGCCACGCCACUACACUCCACUCUAUUCUAUAUCUAUAUACUUACCUUUAGGUUUCUUGCAAACUUCUCACAUAGUUUGUGUCUAGUGUUACCUCGUGCCCUUUUUAAUUAGGUGUGACAGUGCCAUUAUUACAGUUUUACGUUAAUAUUUGAAUUUUGUGAAUAUGUCAAACUCCCUGGACCAACAAUUUGGCAAUCUAAGCCUGUCUCAGGAGGAUCACGACCAAAUGUUUGAACCAGAGGACCAUCAGGAUCAAAGCCGGUCGUCAAAGGUGCUGAUCAGUGGGCUGCCGCUGCAUGCCCGGUUCGACAAUAUCGAGCCGCUGCUCGCGCAGUAUGGCAACGUGCAGCACUGCGACACUGCGCACGCGCGGGACGCCAACACCCAAGCGGUGUACAUCACGUUCGAGACACCGGAGCAGGCGCAGCAGGCCAUUAACGGUCUAAACGGGUACGAGCUGGAGGGCAGCCGUAUUAAGGUAGAGGCGACAGAGGCGAGCGCGCGCGGCGGGCGGCGCGGCCGACCGGGCGGCGGGCGCGGAGCUGCGGGCGGCGCGCGCCCCACUGACUUUCCGCUGAGGCUGCUGGUUCAGAGCGAUAUGGUGGGCGCCAUCAUCGGCCGCCAGGGCAGCACCAUCCGCCUUAUCACGCAGCAGUCGCGCGCACGCGUCGACGUGCACCGCAAGGAUAACGUCGGUUCGCUAGAGAAGGCCAUCACCAUCUAUGGCAAUCCUGAGAACUGCACCAACGCAUGCAAGCGCAUACUCGAGGUCAUGCAGCAGGAGGCUAACAAUACUAAUAAGGGGGAAAUCUGUCUAAAAAUUUUGGCGCAUAAUAAUUUAAUUGGGCGCAUAAUAGGAAAAGGGGGAAACACUAUAAAGAGAAUAAUGCAAGAGACUGAUACAAAGAUCACGGUGUCAUCGAUCAAUGACAUUAACAGCUUCAAUCUGGAACGCAUCAUCACCGUGAAGGGAACUAUUGAAAACAUGGCCAAAGCGGAGUCUCAAAUAUCAGCUAAGCUGCGCCAGAGCUAUGAGAAUGAUUUACAGGUGCUGGCGCCGCAGAGCAUAAUGUUCCCGGGAUUACAUCCGAUGGCGAUGAUGUCGACGGGUCGCGGAUUCUGCAGCGCGCCGCCGCCCUACCCGCCGCCGAUUUACGCCCCGAUGCCGGGCCGCGGUGGCGCGCAGCAGGGCGCAGGCGACUCGCAGGAGACCACGUAUCUGUAUAUCCCGAAUAACGCGGUGGGCGCCAUCAUUGGCACAAAGGGAUCGCAUAUUCGUAACAUCAUCCGCUUCAGUAACGCGUCCGUCAAGAUUGCGCCACUGGAACAGGACAAGCAGGGAGAGGCGGCCGGCGGCGCGCAACAGGAGCGCAAGGUGACCAUCGUCGGCAGCCCCGAGGCCCAGUGGAAGGCGCAAUACCUGAUCUUCGAGAAGAUGCGCGAGGAGGGCUUCAUGUCUGGCUCUGAUGACGUGCGGCUGACGAUCGAGAUUGUAGUAGCAUCGUCGCAAGUGGGGCGCAUCAUCGGCAAGGGCGGGCAGAACGUGCGGGAGCUCCAGCGCGUCACCGGCUCCCUCAUCAAGUUGCCCGAGCAGCCGCCACCGACAGGCGCCCAGCCCGACCACGAGACCACCGUGCACAUUGUAGGACCCUUCUAUAGCGUGCAGUCUGCGCAGCGGCGCAUUCGAGACAUGGUGGCGCAGGCAAUGGCCCCGAGCCGCCAUCGCCGCGCCGCGCAGCCGCCGCCGCCGCCGCAGCAGCAGUAGACAGCUGCUGACGUGGGCAGCUGUCGCCGCCGCCCCCGCCUCCUCCGCCUCCUCC